AUGCACUUUCCAGAGACACUACCGCCUGACAGCGAUCCAUAUCCCAGCAGCACGAUUUCGUCUAAACCUCCGAAAGCUCCAAGCCGCUUACAACGAUUUCGGCCACCUCCGCUCACACUACCAGGAGAGUCCACCGAUCAACGAGUCCCAAGCCUCCCUCAGGAAGCAACUUUCAACCUCAAUGCUCGUUACCCUCAACAUGCAAACACGCACAAUCCCGCAGAUCUUUGCAAUCCUUCAUUUGACCGCUCGUUGGACUCAUGCUACUAUCCCAGCCCGUAUCCAAGCAUGCCCAGCUGCGAACUGACCCCUGCUACUCCCGUCUUCACACCGACUCCCUCGGUGUUCACACCUUGCAUAACUCCUCGCAGUUCUACCAAGUUCACACAGUCAGUUGGCCACAUUUUCGCAAAAUUCAAGAACAAAAAGCCAAUUUCAUUAUGGACACGUGAAGAUGUAAUCCAAUGGGCAAACUGGAUCAAGGAUGAAUUUCGAUUAGACUCGUUCAAUAUAAACAAUAUCGAUGGCAGUCAGCUGCUCGGCCUCACCAGAGACGAGUUUCUCUACCUCUGGCCGCCUCUUGUCGGUGAUAUUCCUUGGGAACAUAUGAACUUCCUCAAGACCAAUUUUACCUAUCUGAGCGAAGAGCAACCGAUCAAAACUGAACCGGAAGAGGAGAUUCCUCGAUCCCGUUUUCACUCAGAAGAUUUGCUCAGCUCGUCGCCACCGAAGAAGCCUCUUCUAGAGCGCGGGCGAUCCCUCUCCGCAGGUUCACCCGUUACCGCGCUUGCCGACCUUCCGCCUGAUCGUCGGACUGAGAUGCUUCGAAGUCGUCUCUCGAGCGCUGCGAGCGGUCCCACCCAGCUUUGGCUGUUCCUUUUGGAGUUACUCCUGCUUGAUCCGGAUCAAAGCUGCAUUAGCUGGACGAAAAAAGGCUGGGAGUUUGUCAUGGCGGAUCCUGACGAGGUGGCACGGCGAUGGGGAAUUAGAAAAAAUCGUCCGCAGAUGAGCUACGAUAAGCUGAGUCGGGGACUGCGCUAUUACUACGACAAGGGAAUUUUGGAAAAGGUCACUGGAAGAAGAUUCGUUUACCGGUUCACGGCAGAUCUUGAGAAACAGCUUGGAAUCAGCCCUGAUCAGGUUCAUAAGAACUACCCGGUGGGCGACGAUACUAAUCAAGAAAAAGAAACCUAA